AUGCCGAUGAUGCUCGACGACGACAGACCGGCGUACGACGAGAAGGAAGAGCGCCGCAGAGUCCACCAUGAUGCAGACAUAGUAAUAGUAGGCGCGGGGAUAAUCGGCUGUGCGGCAGCGGUAGCAUUCGGCCAGCAGGGGCGAAGCGUUGUAUUACUGGAGCGAAGCCUGAAGGAGCCGGACAGGAUAGUAGGAGAGUUGCUCCAACCGGGGGGUGUGCGCGCGCUAGAAAGGCUGGGGAUAAGAGACUGUCUAGAGGGUAUUGAUGCGAUCAGGGUAGAGGGGUACGAGGUGAUAUACUACGGCGAGGAGGUCAGGAUACCGUAUCCCGAGAACGCGGAUGGAGUGGAGGAUGAAAGGAAAAGGCCGGAGGGGAGGUCCUUCCAUCAUGGUCGCUUCAUCCAGAAGUUGAGAGCCGCUGCGAUGCGGACGCCGAAUGUCACGGUUGUGGAGAGCACUGUGACGGACACCAUCAAGAACGGGUGGACAGGACAGAUACUGGGCGUCGAGUGUACGACCCAGGGCGAGAAAGACUAUUAUUUCGGUGCCCUUACCAUCAUAUGUGAUGGCUAUGCCUCCAAGUUCCGCAAAGUCCACAUCCCACACACGCCCAUCGUCCGCUCAAAAUUCUUCGGUCUUGAGCUCAUAGACGCCGAUCUACCCAUGCCGAAUCACGGUCACGUUAUCCUCGGUGACGGUCCACCAGUCCUGCUUUACCAGAUCGGCACACAUGACACGCGCGCUCUGAUCGAUGUGCCCGAAGGCCUACCAUCAGCUUCAGUUGCUAACGGCGGUGUGAAAGGCCAUCUCAAGAACGUGGUCCUUCCUAGCUUACCGAAGUGCGUACAGCCCUCUUUCAAGGAAGCGCUAGAGAGUGGCUCGCUGCGCUCGAUGCCGAACUCCUUCCUACCGCCCUCCACGAAUCGAACGCCUGGCAUGAUUAUGAUCGGAGACGCGAUGAACAUGCGACAUCCACUCACUGGCGGUGGUAUGACUGUCGCCUUCAAUGAUGUGGUGCUACUGUCCGAGCUGCUAAGUCCGGAACGGAUACCUAAUCUCGAGGACACAAAGGCCAUACUCGAAGCCAUGCGAAAGUUUCACUGGCAGCGGAAGAAGGGGGCGGCUGUCAUAAACAUCCUGGCUAUGGCGCUAUAUACCCUCUUCGCUGCUGACGAUGUGAACCUCCGCGCCCUCCAACUCGGCUGCUUCCGCUACUUCCAGCUUGGCGGCAAUUGCAUCGAUGGCCCUGUCGGCCUGCUGGCAGGCAUCAUCCGCCAACCCUUCGUCCUCUUCUCCCACUUCUUCGCCGUCGCGCUUUAUGCAAUCUGGAUACGGAUAUCUCUUGCUUGGAAGAGAAGUCCGCUUUCGGUGCCGCUGGUUAUGCUGACCAGUUUGGGCGUCUUCUGGAAGGCUUGUGUGGUAAUCUUCCCGUAUAUUUGGAGUGAGCUGAGAAGUUAG